UGUGCUGCUUUUGUUAUUGUCUAGUAUGUUGAGUAUUCAGAAAGAGUGAGCUGUUUCUUCCCGGGGGAAUACGCACAAAAUACACUGUAGCACUGGACUGAACACUUUUCUUGGGCAAAUUUUUAGACGCUUAGAAGAAAAAAACAAAUCUGACUGAAUCUACCAGAAAGUAGUCUUUACUUGGUGCUGAAAUUGCGGUUGUUUUUGUUCGGUAGUUGCUGUAACAGACUGUUUUAUUUUGAGUAGUACAUUAGAUAUCUUUUCUCGAGUCAUGUGUCAGCUGACUUCCUUCUUCCACUCGCUGCUGUCAAACUGAGGUAGUUUUUUUUUUCUUCACCGCUUCUCAGGCAUAACCACGCCCCCUAUAGGGGCGGGCCAAGGGCGUGUCCAGACCGGAGUAGCGGUGGGAAAAGAGACAAGGCUGUACAAUCAUCAAACACUAGUUAAUCUUGGCUUUUUCCCCCUUCCUGUCCAUCAAGCAUGCGAGCACCGGGCAGAACCGUCUCUCUCCCAGGGGUUCUUGUGAUAUUCCUGAUUAUUCUUCAUGUGGAAGCGCUUAGAUCUCACCUUUUAAGCAGACGCAGUGUGAUCAGAAGUUCCUCCCAGCAGCAGAGAAACGUGUUUUACAAAACUUUCUAUUUUGAACAGCAGAUCGAUCACUUUGGGUUUUUGGAGAAUGGCAUGUUCAAGCAGAGGUACCUGGUCAACGACCAGCACUGGCACGAGAACAACGGCCCAAUUCUGUUUUACACCGGCAAUGAAGGAGACAUCACAUGGUUCUGUAACAACACUGGUUUCAUGUGGGACGUAGCAGAGGAACUGGGAGCCAUGCUUGUUUUUGCAGAACAUCGCUACUAUGGAGAAUCCAUGCCAUUUGGAAACGAAUCUUACAGCAAUGCCAAGUACUUAAACUACCUGACAUCAGAGCAGGCACUAGCUGACUUUGCAGUGCUGAUUAAGUCGCUGAAGAAGACGGUGCCAGGAGCCCAGAACAGCCCCGUCAUUGCCAUUGGAGGCUCCUAUGGUGGAAUGCUGGCUGCUUGGCUAAGGAUGAAAUACCCCAAUGUAGUUAUAGGUGCUUUAGCUGCAUCUGCUCCAAUCUGGCAGUUCACCGACAUGGUGCCUUGUGGUGAUUUCUUCAAAAUAGUCACCCAAGACUUUGCCAAUAGUGGAAUCAACUGCAGCAAAAACAUCAGGAGGUCAUGGAUGGCGAUCAACAAUUUAUUCUCAACAGCUGAAGGUCUGCAGUGGCUGUCUACCGAGUUUGGCCUGUGUUCUCCACUGAAGGAAGAGGAUAUAAAUGACUUCAAGGCCUGGCUCCAGGAGACCUGGGUGAACUUGGCGAUGGUUGAUUACCCUUACGAGGCCAACUUCCUCCAGCACCUCCCACGCUGGCCUAUUAAGGUUGUCUGCACACACCUUCAGUUUGAUACUGCUGUGUCAGACGAGCGGCUGUUACAUGGCAUCUCGCAGGCAGUGAGAGUAUACUAUAACUACACAGGCAGUGCUGUUUGCCUUAAUGUGUCUGAGACUGCUACUGGAAGUCUAGGAAUUAGGGGUUGGUUUUACCAGUCUUGCACAGAGAUGGUGAUGCCCAUGUGUACAGAUGGCGUUCAAGACAUGUUUGAGCCUAUGGUAUGGAACUUCCAGGCUUUCUCUGUUGAGUGCUAUGCUCUGUUUGGGGUUCAUCCACGGGAAGACUGGGCUGAUACUGUGUAUGGUGGGAAGAACAUUAGCUCCCACAGCAACAUCAUCUUUAGUAAUGGAGGCCUUGACCCAUGGAUGAGUGGCGGUGUGACUAAAAGUCUCUCUGACACUUUAGUUGCCAUUUUGAUUCCUGAUGGAGCUCAUCACCUUGACUUGCGCUUCAACAAUGAAUAUGACCCACAAUCAGUCCGCUUCGCCCGGAAACUGGAAGUGAAUUACUUCAAGCAGUGGAUCAAACAGUACACAAGUGCACAAUAACCAAUCAGGACAGUAUAUAGAGACUGAUUAGUUCAUGGACUAACUAAAGUUUACCUUAAGCAUAUCAACAGAGGCUGUGCUGUCCACCAAAGAUUUUUUUUUUUUACUAAACCUGACCAAAGAAGGUGUUUGUAUGUAAUUAGACUUUUAAAAAUAUUUCAGAAUAAAAUGGCUGAGCCUGUUUUUUUUAAUGAAUUAAAAUGAUUUUAUGACCCAAUUUAAUGAUGUGUGUGAGCUCAAAUUUCAGAGCAAACAGAAUUCUUGUUUUAACAUUGUGAUUAAAGGUGCUCAAAGUCA